AUGGCACGUACUCAAGGAGGAGGAGUAGAGGGAGCUCGUCAGCGUCCGACAGCUUCCACGAGGAGGAGGAGGAGGGUAGAGGGCCAUGAUAGUCAUUCUGUGGCUGAUACAUCUAUUUCAGAGGCGCACAUUUCUGAGCAGCCAGGUACUUUGGACUCAUCACCUCCUAGUCCUCCAGAGCAGCCAUCUACUAGUGCUCCGGACGAUACUACCGAACUAUUUUUGGGAGGCCCUGAAGAUCCAUCCAUUUUAAAGAGUUUUAAAAAUCAUGUUGCUGUUAGCAUAUGGGCUGGAGAGGAAAGAGGUGUAUUAAAGUGUAAUAGCCAUGGACAAAGAAUUCCUGAUUGGCCAUUGGCAAAUCAGCAACGUAUUUAUGAUAUUGUUGUAAGAUCUCAGUUGGCACCUUUGAUAGAAUCCACGUAUCGAUUUGUGAAUCCUACAGUUGUGUCAGCCUUUUCAGAGAGAUGGCAACCUGAGACUAACACAUUUCAUCUACCAUUUGGUGAGAUGACACUUACGUUAGAUGACGUUGCCACUAUUCUGAAGAUACCAGUUGCUGGCAGCCCUGUAUCAGUCCCUCAUUUGACAGGUAAUGAAGCUCAGAAUUUACUUUAUCGUUUACUUGGGGUCUCAGUAGUAGAAGCAGCAGGCCAGAUAGCUGAGACUCGGGGACCGUAUGUGAAAUUAGAUUGGCUGAGAAGAACAUUUAUGAACGUACCAAAUUCAGCUCCAGAUGAAGAGAUGUACAAUGCUAGUAGGGCAUAUUUGUUAUUUUUAUUAGGUUGUACAUUAUUUGUGGAUAAGAGUGGUAGCAUGAUUUCGAUUUCCUAUCUUGCAUUGUUGGAAGACCUGAGUAUAUCUGGUACGUAUGCAUGGGGGGCUGCUUGUUUGGCAUAUUUAUAUAGGCAGCUAGGUAUCGCGAGUAGAAGAGAUGUCAAGGGAAUCUGUGGAUAUUUAACAUUACUUGAGGCUUGGAUAUAUGAACAUUUUCCAUUGACUAGAAGUAAACAUAAUUUAUCAUAUACUGACGAGUUGCCUAGGGCUAAUCGCUGGCUUCCUGUUCGUGAGUACGAUUCUUUGCAAUCUUUGCGAGAGCGACUUGAUGACUUAAUUGAAGAUCAGGUAUUCUGUUCACACAUUAUAUUUUGCAACUUAAUAUUGCUCAUCAUUGAAAUUCUAAAACAUGUGCAGGUCAUAUGGACACCAUAUAGGAGGCAUCGUGCACAACACCCACUCCAUGAGAUUGCGUUCUUCUCCGGAUGUCUUAAGUGUGGAGGCGUGAUUGAGCCAUAUCAUCCGGAGAGGGUUCUGCGACAAUUUGGGCAUAGGCAGAAUAUACCUCCACCUCCAUUAUCUCCUAUUGAAGCCAAGCGGGGUAGAGCUACGACAACAUAUAAGGUAAUUUAUGAUUUUAUCAAUGAUAGUUGGUCUCGCUGGGAUUUUCACUUAUUGCCAGCACACCGUCGGGGUGGACUUGCCCUAGUGCCAUGGGAGUGCAGUGAAGACUACUUGGCAUGGUAUCAUCGCAUUACACAUCGAGUCAUACAAAAUCCUACAAAUAGAUCCGGGUUUGACAGAGGUGAUCAUGAUAGAGUGACUCUUGCUGAUGUGCGCAUCAUGGCAUCACUAUCUCCUCUUAGGCAAGUCAUAUCAGGUGGAUCCACUCAAGAUGUAGAUGCGUGGAGACGGGCAUGUCUUCAGGUAUAUGAUAUUUUGACUAUUCGUACUGGGUCUUCUUCUACUGGGUCUCAUGCAUAUACAGUAUUUCGCGAAGCACCUUCUAGUAUGGUACGAACACCGACGGUGGUUACAUCACCUCCGGCAGUAAAUAUAAAUCCACCACCUACGAGUUCAGAUCCACAUCAUCCAGCCCCAAGCCCCCCUCAAGAGACAAGAAAAAGGACUGAUAGAGAUUAAUUUUUUUUUGUAAUAUGAGACUAUUUGUAUUUGCUAUAGUGAGUAGAGUCUUAUCUAUUUGACUACUUAUGAUGAGGUUCGGAUAUGUCGCUAAGAUAUAAAUGGUGCCAACCCUUUUCUGUUUGGAUUUAAUUUUCUUAGUUUAUUUAAAAAUUAUUUCUAUAACUCGAAAAGUAAUUUUAUUGUUACUAACAAAACUUAUUUUAAAUACUUAUAUGUGAUAUAAGUGAUCUAUAAAAUAAGAUAUU